GGUGAUGAAAACUCAGCAGGCUCACAGAAUGAAGCACAUCAACUUGUCAUUUGCAGCGUGUGGAUUUCUGGGCAUUUACCACUUGGGGGCAGCAUCUGCACUGUGCAGACAUGGCAACAAGCUUCUGAAGGAUGUCAAGGCCUUUGCUGGAGCUUCUGCGGGAUCUUUGGUUGCUUCUGUCCUGUUAACAGCACCAGAAAAAAUAGAGGAAUGCAACCAAUUUACAUACAAGUUUGCUGAAGAAAUCAGAAGACAGUCUUUUGGGGCAGUGACGCCUGGUUAUGACUUCAUGGCCCGACUGAGAAGUGGUAUGGAGUCAAUUCUUCCUUCCAACGCUCACAGCCUGGCCCAGAAUCGACUGCAUGUAUCCAUCACCAACACUAAAACCAGAGAAAAUUACUUAGUCUCCAAUUUUUCCUCCAGGGAAGACCUCAUUAAGGUUCUCUUAGCUAGCAGUUUUGUGCCCAUUUAUGCAGGACUGAAACCAGUGGAAUACAAAGGGCAGAAGUGGGUGGAUGGGGGCCUCACCAAUAGCCUUCCCAUCCUGCCUGUUGGCCGGACAGUGACCAUCUCCCCCUUCAGCGGACGACUGGACAUCUCCCCACAGGAGAAAGGGCAGCUGGAUCUGUAUGUUAAUAUUGCCAAACAGGAUAUAAUGUUGUCUCUGGCAAACCUGGUGAGGCUUAACCAAGCCCUUUUUCCCCCAAGCAAGAGAAAAAUGGAAUCCCUGUAUCAAUGUGGUUUUGAUGACACUAUUAAGUUUUUACGUAAAGAAAAUUGGUUUGAGUAAAAUGCUUACAAGUUUAUAAUGCAAAAA